CUUUCUUUUGGAAAAAAUUGAACUUUGCAUCAAAAUCGACAUUUUUUUUUCUCUUUACCUUUUACAAAUAGAGAGCCAUGUUUAAAAAGUUCAAUUUCUCUGAAAAUAUUGCUGGUCAGUCACAACUCAAGUCUUCAGUCCAACGUAAUAUUCGCUCAAAACUCAAUGAGCAAUAUCCCAAGAUUGAGUCAGUUUUAGAAGACUUGAUGCCCAAAAAGACACCUAUUGUUCAAAUUAAAGGUCACGAUCAUAUUUCUUUCCUCUCUAUCAAUGGUGAAAUUCUCUUUUUCCAACAUUUUGAUGGACCUUUUAUUCCUUCUCUCGCUUUGUUGCAUAAAUAUCCCGAUAUGCUUCCUCAAUUACAAGUAGAUCGCGGUGCUAUUAAAUUUGUUUUAUCAGGAGCCAAUAUUAUGUGUCCAGGCUUGACCUCCAAAGGUGCGCGUAUGGAUGAGGAUUUACCAGCAGGUACAGUAGUUGCCAUUAUGGCUGAAGGCAAGGAAAAUGCUCUUGCUAUUGGUUUGCUUAAAAUGAGCACAAAGGACAUUAAAUUGGUCAACAAAGGCAUCGGUGUUGAAAACAUUCAUUACUUGACAGAUCCUCUUUGGAAAGAAGUCAUUCAUUUGUAAAUUAUUCAAUAAACUGUUUUUUUAUUCAAGAGAAAA